AUGACUAAACCGGCGGUUCCAUUAUACUUAUCAGAGAUGGCUCCAGCAAAGAUCAGAGGAACAGUGAAUCAGCUUUUCCAGCUAACAACUUGCAUAGGCAUCUUAGUGGCUAAUCUAAUAAACUACAAAACAGAUCAAAUCCAUCCAUGGGGAUGGAGACUCUCUCUUGGCCUCGCAGUGGUACCAGCAACACUCAUGUUCAUCGGAGGACUCUUCUUACCAGAGACACCUAACAGUCUUGUCGAACAAGGUAAGCUCGAGGAAGCUAAAUCCGUACUGAUCAAAGUACGUGGCACAAACAACAUAGAAGCUGAGUUUCAAGACCUUGUUGAAGCUAGUGAAGCUGCGAGAGCUGUCAAGAAUCCGUUCAGGAACCUUCUUGCUCGUAGGAACAGACCGCAGCUAGUGAUUGGAGCCAUUGGUCUUCCUGCUUUUCAGCAGCUAACGGGAAUGAACUCUAUUUUGUUCUAUGCUCCGGUCAUGUUUCAGAGUUUAGGGUUUGGUGGUUCCGCGUCGCUUAUCUCGUCCACAAUGACGAACGCUGCGCUAGUUAUUGCUGCUAUCAUGUCUAUGUACUCGGCUGAUAAAUUUGGAAGAAGGUUCCUUCUUCUUGAAGCUAGCGUCGAGAUGUUUUGUUAUAUGGUUGUAGUAGGAGUAACACUAGCGUUUAAGUUUGGGGAAGGCAAAGAGCUACCGAAGUCGCUAGGUUUGGUUCUUGUGAUCCUUAUAUGUCUGUUUGUGUUGGCGUAUGGUCGGUCAUGGGGACCAAUGGGAUGGUUAGUUCCGAGUGAGAUCUUCCCACUAGAGACACGAUCAGCCGGUCAAAGUGUUGUCGUGUGUGUAAACCUUUUCUUCACGGCGCUUAUUGCGCAGUGUUUCCUCGUGUCUCUAUGUCAUCUCAAGUACGGAAUAUUCCUUUUAUUCGCUGGACUUGUGUUUGGGAUGGGAUGUUUCGUUUACUUUCUGUUGCCGGAGACGAAGCAAGUUCCUAUUGAGGAGGUUUAUCUUUUGUGGAGACAGCAUUGGCUUUGGAAGAGAUAUGUUGAUGAUGAACAGAUCAAUCGGUAA